UGGGUUCUAACUCUUAUUGUCAGGGCCAAAUACAGCACAGCAUUCAAAUUAUCAUGCGACUCAAGGGAAUGGGAACAUGGGUGUAUUGAAAUUGAAGGGAGAGAGGAUCUAAACAUUUCUUAUAACAGCCAUAUCAACUCUUCCAGUGGAAGAGGCAUAACAGUUACUUGAAUGUGAGCACACAUGCCCCUUACCCCCCACAUGCUUGUAGAAGCCCUGCAUUUCAACUAUUAGCUGCACUAAGUUAACCCCCCGUCCUUCCUCAAAGAAGCACAAUGGCAAGAACAGUGUGGUUGCUGGGAUCCCUACUCGCUAUAGGAAUAGCGUACAUUUUAUACGAACCCAGCUUUGACCCAGAGUCCUUACGGGGUGCAAGAGUUGUGAUCACAGGCUGCAGUUCCGGGAUCGGUGAACAGAUGGCGUAUGAGUACGCUAAGCUGGGGGCAAAGGUGGUCAUCACAGCCAGGAGGGAAAAGCGACUUCAGGAGGUAGUGGCCAAGAUGAGAGAACUAGGUGCCCAACAGGCUCUGUAUGUAGCAGGGGACAUGGGGAAGGCAGAGGACUGUGAAAGGACCAUCCAGACUGCAAAGGACAAAUUAGGUGGACUUGACAUAUUGGUGAUCAACCACCUGGCGUCAACGAUCGACAACAAGUUCUUCCAGUAUCUGUGGGAUGGGGACAUGGAGUAUGCUGAGAAGCACAUCCAGGCCAACUAUGUCAGCUACAUCAGGCUGGCUUCCCUGGCUCUACCCACUUUACACAAGAACAGUGGCAGCAUUGUUGUGGUGGGCUCGGGUGCAGGAAAAUUCCCUGUUCCUUUGAACGCCAUAUACGCGGGCACCAAGUUUGGUCUGCGUGGGUUCUUUAGCACCUUACGGCAAGAGCUUCGUAUCCAGAAAUCCAACGUCUCCGUCACUUACAUUGUGCUGGGAUCUAUCGACACCGGGCUUGGCAAGAAAGCUAUCAAAGACAGAGGACUGGACACCAAACAGCCGAUGUACCCCGCCGCUGAGGCCGCACAGGUCAUCAUCCGGGGAGGGGCGACCCGACAGAGGGACGUCUACUACCCCUGGGGACAGAUAUGGACUCUAGCCAAAAUCUGGGACAUCUUUCCAGAAGUCGGGGACUACUUUUUAGAACAAAGCGUGAUAGGGAGCUCGAAACAAUAUGACAGGUCACCAUUAUUGGAAUAAUACAAAUAAGUAAUAAUAUUAUUAUGUUCACCAUCUGUCAACAGAGAUAAGAUAAUGUGACUUGUGAUAUGGUCAUUUUUGGAAAGGACUGGGCAACACUGAGGACUUGGUCGUAUACGCCAUCAUACGAUUCUCUUAUUUGUGUCCUGGAACUCAGCUUGAGCAGAAGGAGUGAGUCUGUUUUGUCAUACAGUUGUAAUUGUAAACUGAAUGCAUUCUUGGGAUAAUCAUGCAUAAGUCUACGGUGCAAAUUUCAGCUCUUUUGUUGUCAAAAAGACCAUGAUCUUAGAUCCAUGUUGGUGGUUGGUCCUGUCACACUGGCUGCUCAAAAAUUUUACACCUGCAUCAAAAUCAAUGAGUGUUAAAGGUUUUAAAACAAAAUGUGAACUUGUAUUUACAUUAAUUAGCCAUAUUAGUGUAAUCAAGUUCUAUGAAUUAGUCAUCUGUGAUUGGCCCACUUCAUUGUAUCUUUUAUUUCAAAAUGUCACGUGCGAAGAUAAUAAUUCAUAUUUAAUUGAUAAUAAUAAUCUAAUGGUUCUUGAUAGAUGUCAAUGUACAUAAUGUUGACACAGAAUAGACACAUCAACCGAAGAGGCUCCGUGGGCAUCACACGGAGAGAAGAGAAUUAAAAAAAAUAGUGAAUCUGAACGACCAACGACGAAUGUGACCAGUCUGUCUAAAUGCGUAAUUUAAUUCUGCCAUCAUGAUUACAUAACUGAACAUAUACUAGAUACAGAUAGUCAACUUAGAUUUUCUACAUCAAUUUUAAUCAAUUUCAAAAUAAACCCUUAAGCUUAAAAUCAAAAAUGUAUUUCCAGUGGUGCUUAUGAUCUGUGUGAACAAUAAACGAUGCGAUACGCAAAGUUGUCUCUUACUCUUACUUUAUUUCGUUGUGAUUGUUCCUGUUGUUGACUACU